GAAGCAUCGCCUUUCUCUCCUUGUCAAAUAACCUUUCCAGCCCGCACCCCGCCGCCGCCCCAUCAAUCGCAAGAGAAAUCGCAAGCCCAAAACCCACCACUUACCAAUGGAGAACGGCGACGAAACCCUCGCCUCCGCCGCCGCCGCCGCCGCCGCCGCCGCCGCCGCCGAGAAGACGGCGCCCAACGGCGGCGUCGCGAAGGAGGAGGAGGCGGGGGCCGCCGGCACCCACGUCACCGCUAGGUCCUACGCCGCCGUCGCCGCCCACGCCGAGAUCGAGGACCUCCGCGCCGCCAAGCUCGACCUCGAGGGGAAGCUCGCCGAGGCCCGCAGGGAGAACGAGGCCAGCGCCGAGGAAGCACACCGCAUCGAGGGGAUCUUCAUGCAGGCCCGGGAGGAGGUCACCAUCGCCGAGUUCGCCGCCGCCUCUGCCGAGAAGGAGGCCGUCUCGCUCCGCGCCGAGGUCGAGCGCCUCCAUGCCGCCCUCAAGAUCGAGAAGGGUGAGCGCGAGGUGGACAAGCGCAGGCACGAGGAGCUCGCCAGGCAGCUGGAGGCCUUCCGCCAGGAGAAGCUCAAGCUCGAGGAGGAGAUCAAGACCCUGCAGGCGUCCUCCGCUGCCACCACAAUGAAGGAGAGGGAGGCUGCUCCGGCUGAGGCCCCGGAGGAAGUGGAGGGCGUGUGGCAGGCAAUGGCGGUGGCCGCGGCUGUUGGCGCCGCCAGCACGGCUGCCUUCGUUCUGAUCUUUCUCCGCCUCAAGAGGUAAUCUGGUGCUCUGUUGCGCAGGAAGCUUUCGUGGCGAUUCUGCUAGAACUGAACUGGGAGUAAUGUGACUAUGAAUAGUUGCUUAUUAGCCUACAAAAACAUAGGGAUCUGGAGGCUGGGUAUGUUUGACCGCUGUUUUUCCUCUAGUACCAUUCUACGUGCCUUUGGUGGUGUCAUAAAAUGUUGGUGCAACUGAGGAACAGUGUAAGGUUGGUUAUCUUCUCGUUACUGCUAUGUCACGGUCGCUUGACUCUGUUUUGAUCAAAAUGGUUUGUGCUCUGCUGAUGAGUGUGCUUAAUUUCAA